CAGGCGGCAGAGGAGAGACGCUCCAGCGCGGUCGGUGCGGAGGCUGAGCUCGCGGACCCUGAGCGCUUCCUCAGGCGGGCGGCGCGUUGGAGGCAACCGCCCCGCUACGCCCCGGGCGCUGGUUUCCUGGCAGCUCGCACGGUUAGCAAAGACAGCUGAAGUCGACUUGUGCAGGAUUCCCCUGGCUCUUCUGUGACCUCCUCUCCCUGGUAGCCUGUGUUCUGGGCCUCACCUAAACAAGUCUGAGUAAGAACAAGCCAUCUCUUCCAUCCAUAGCCAUGAAUUUCCUCCGACGGCGCCUCUCUGACAGCAGUUUUGUGGCCAACCUGCCCAAUGGCUACAUGACAGACCUGCAGCGCCCAGACAGCUCCACCAGCUCUCCUGCUUCCCCAGCUAUGGAGAGGAGGCACCCCCAGCCCCUGGCAGCCUCCUUCUCCUCUCCAGGAUCCAGCCUCUUUAGUUCCUUCUCCAGUGCCAUGAAGCAGACCUCACAAGCCCCCUCAGGGCUGAUGGAGCCUCCAGGUCCCUCUGCUCCCAUUGUUCAAAGGCCCAGGAUCCUAUUGGUGAUCGAUGAUGCCCACACAGAUUGGACCAAGUAUUUUCAUGGAAAGAAGGUGAAUGGAGAGAUUGAGAUCCGAGUAGAGCAGGCUGAAUUCUCAGAGUUGAACCUAGCUGCCUAUGUUACUGGGGGCUGUAUGGUGGACAUGCAAGUCAUGAGAAAUGGGACCAAGGUUGUGAGAUCCUUCAAACCAGACUUCAUCCUGGUCCGUCAGCAUGCCUACAGCAUGGCCCUGGGUGAAGACUACCGAAGCCUGGUCAUUGGCCUCCAGUAUGGAGGGUUGCCUGCUGUCAACUCCCUCUACUCUGUCUACAACUUCUGCAGCAAGCCCUGGGUGUUCUCUCAACUCAUUAAGAUCUUCCAUUCCUUGGGUCCUGAGAAGUUCCCACUUGUGGAACAAACAUUCUUUCCCAACCAUAAGCCAAUGCUCACAGCGCCCCACUUCCCUGUGGUGGUCAAGCUGGGACACGCCCAUGCCGGAAUGGGAAAGAUCAAAGUAGAAAACCAGCAUGACUACCAGGACAUCACCAGCAUGGUGGCUAUGGCCAAAACCUACGCCACCACUGAGGCCUUCAUUGACUCCAAGUAUGACAUCCGCAUCCAGAAAAUCGGAUCCAACUACAAAGCUUACAUGAGAACCUCCAUCUCUGGAAACUGGAAGGCCAACACAGGCUCUGCCAUGCUGGAGCAGGUGGCCAUGACAGAGAGGUACAGGCUGUGGGUGGACAGCUGCUCAGAAAUGUUUGGCGGCCUGGACAUCUGCGCCGUCAAGGCCGUCCACAGCAAGGAUGGCAGAGAUUACAUCAUUGAGGUGAUGGACAGCUCAAUGCCCUUGAUUGGGGAGCACGUGGAAGAGGACAGACAGCUGAUGGCUGACCUCGUCAUCUCCAAAAUGAGCCAGCUCCUGAUGCCGGGUGGCACAGUGCCCUCGCCCCUGAGGCCUUGGGCUCCGCAGUCCAAACCAGCAAAAUCCCCCGGGCCGGCCCACAUGGGACCUCUGCUUGGACAGCCCCAGCCACGGCCACCUACACAAGGGGGCCCUCGCCAAACUCCGACCCAGGCGCCUGUGCGAUCCGGAAGCCCGUCCCAGCAGCGGCUCUCCCCGCAAGGCCAGCAGCCCCUGAGCCCACAAUCCGGAUCUCCGCAGCAGAGAUCACCAGGCUCUCCGCAGCUGUCCCGGGCAUCCAGUGGCACGUCUCCAAACCAGGCCUCCAAGCCAGGCGCCCCCCUCACCUCCCAGGCCCGGCCCCCCGUUCAAGGCCGAAGCGUCUCCCAACAGGGUGAAGAGUCCAAGAAGCCAGCACCACCUCAUCCUCAUCUCAACAAAUCCCAGUCCCUGACUAACAGCCUCAGCACAUCUGAUGCUUCCCAGCGCGGGACCCCAAGUGAAGACGAGGCCAAGGCCGAAACCAUCCGCAACCUGAGGAAGUCCUUUGCCAGCCUGUUCUCGGACUAAGCCAGCCGGGGCUGGGACAGGGGAGUGCUCCGUUCCACUCGACCUUCUCCUGUCUCACCUUCCUUCUCAGCCUUGGUUCCCGAUGGGAACAGAAUGGAGGGCCUGAGAAUAUACUCUCUAAAUGCCUUUGACCCAGGAACCGAGUAUGUAUACAUGUCCCCCUCCCUUUAUCAUGACAUUCCAGCGUCAGCCAACUCAGUGGUGGGCCUUUGAGAGCCUCCAGGUUCCUCAGAUCAUGCCCUAAAGGCAUCACAUCACCCUGCCUGCCCACAUGCUUGCUCCCCUGCCUUAGAUAACCAAGUGAAAUGUCUGUGUGUGGCUAGUUUUCACAUUUCUUGUUAGUGUUUUGCUUGCCUUCCAGCAAAGGCCCCCUCUAGGCCUGGCCUGCCUUCCAUCAGGUGCAGGCACUGGGACCUCAGUGACAUUGGAGGCAAUAAUCCUCUGACAGUGCUUUGCAAACAGAAGGAGAAAAGCCCAGCCAGGGGUACCUACCUACCCAUGCUAACUCCAUCCAGGCUCGAGAUCACCCCUCAGACCAGCCAGGCUGAACCCCAUCCCACGUGGCCACCGGUGGGAUCUAGAGAACCGUGGAAAGGAAUCAGAUCCUGUGUGACAAGUGGGGCCUUCCGGAACACAACGGAAAUGGAGGGGAAGUCUUGAAGAGCUGCUCACGCCCAGAUUGGACAGCUAAGAGCAGACCACAGGUUCUUCGAUGAAUCAUCUCUAGUUCCAAGAGGAGGAAAAUGCCUUCCACUUCCCAAGGUGGGAGUCAGCUUGGGGCUCCUCCAGCCAUUCUGUGUUACACCACGAGUAACUCUGAAUUCCCUCCAGGAACGCUGUCCCCUCCUCCAAGAUAGAGGACGAGCCAGAGAGAGUCCACGGAUCAAUGGCUCAGGCUGAGAAAGGGCUGUGACAGCAACUUCGAGGCUGGCAUGUCAGGGACUGUUGUCAGCAAGGCACGGUAGGUUACUCAGUUAUAAAAGGGUCCCAUGCUCAAAUAUGUUUAGGAAACACUGUUUCUAUUUCUUGCUUUGAAGUUGGUAGUACCCAUUACAUGUCAAAGGCCCUCCGGCCUCCUGCAGUAAAGAAAUGAGCUUUCACCUUGCUUAACCCAAACUUAUCUGACAAUACCAGUUCCCUGAGGAGCUGGCAGAGGUCCCGACUCCUUUCCCAAAGCUCUUUCCCUACAUCAGACUGCCUCCCGUGAUCAGACGGGGUGCAGGGCUGCCCCCAGUUCCCACGCACCCGGUGCUAUAAACAUUGCAGGUGCCAGAACCAGCCUCCUGGGCUUGAAAAGAGCCCAGGACGUUAGAACAUAGCCACCACGCUCUCCCCUUACAGCCUACCUUGCGACUUGAGACACGUCUUCCCCUCCCUGUUGACAGAAAGAGAGAGGGAGGUGACACUGAACUUGUCCUUGGCCUGGAGCUACAUUCUAGAGGAGAGGAAGCUUGCAGGACAGGGUGUACCACCACCACCAAGCCCACGUGAUUGGAAGAUCAGGAACACAGAAACCACCCGAGGCAAUCAUCACUCACAUGCACGGGAGAUUCAGAUCUGAAAAAGUCAACCUCACUUGAUUCUCACUUAGUAAUUAAUCAAAUGCAACCCAAAACACACAACAGAGGGGUCAUAGGCCCGAUAAAGUUUCUUGAAGUGUGGGCGCAGCUAGCUUCAUUUCAGACCAAAGGAGUCGGGAUUUCUGGUCGUAAGGCCCAGACCCUGUGCUGGUCAGUCUCCCUGCGUAGUUCACGUGCACACAGAAGCGCAUACUGAUGUCAGCCCAGCAGCCCCUGCUGAGCGGCGUGUGAAGGCCACGCGGUGAGAGCAGCACUGGUAGGGAUGCUGUACACCCAGGGAGCCAGAUUGGACAGCCAGAUUGGACAACCCAAUGCUGUACACCCAGGGACCCAGCCCUCAGCCCUUGGUAAGCCGAACCCGUGGUUCCAUGAACAGGAUUGCCUGGCUGAAAUGUUCCCAUUUCCCUAUAAUCUGUCCCCUCCCUAAAAACAUCUCCACUUUCAAGCUCAAGCUCCCAGAUACUCCAGCUACAGUACUGCACACUUUUCUCAUCCGGCCAGGCAUCCCAAUUUCUAGAACCGUGCACACAUGAUCCGUGACAAUAACACCACAGCCAGCACAUCGGAAGCAAUCUUCCACUGGAAAAUUUGAGCAUUGAGACAAAGCGUGGUCUUGGCAAGAGCACGGAGCCCCAAAAUGGGCUGUUUGCUCACAUGGGCUGGCACGUGCCCCUUCCAAAAUUUCACCUUUCAUAGCUGUGACAUUUUGGACUGGGAAAGGACAAAAGGAAGUGAGGAAGGGCGUCACUCUGUGGAGGUUCUGAAAGGUUGUAUGUGGUUUUGCUUUCGACCCAAGGGAAGCCUAGCAUUGUCCCUCCAGGCUGACUUAGUGAGGCUGAAACUUGAGGAAGAGCCCUUUGGUUUGUGCUAAAGUGACGCACAAAGGGGUUUGAAGGAGGUAGCCUCAGGGGACACUGUCACCAGCACGAGAGAAUACCGUGGUCUUCCUCCUGUGGCCAUGGUGAGAUGGUUCUGUGGCUUAGGUGUAAAGUUGGCUUUCCAGGGACACUGAGUAUACACACCGUCUCUCUUCCAUUAUCCCCCGGGGUUCUCCUCACCAUCACUGCUCUCCCUACGAACGGUCAUGCCUGCCGAGUAGGCAGGGAGGAAGGGCCCUCACUCUCACGGCCGCAAACACCGUAGCAAAGCCCGGGGGGGCGCCUCCUGACAUUCCCUUGAAGUCUGCGGUGGAAGGAGCCCUGGGGAAAUCAAGCUGACGAAGGCAGCCUGAGGAGCAGCUACGUGAGUCAAGCACGGGGCACACUGCUUGGCGCACAGGUAUCUAGGACAUGUUUUAGGUACUAGUGAAAUGUACACAAAGUGUGAAGAUUGGAGAAAAUGGCUGUCUUCAGAAGAGCCUCUGUGCGAGGAAGUCACUUGCCCAGGAAAAGAAUCAGAGUCUGAAAAGGAAUGGGGGCAGAACCAGGAGGCCAGGAGGCCGCCCCUAUGAGGCACGUGGCCAGGGGGGCAGGGGCGGCCACAGGGCUACUAGGGCCAGGAGCCGGCGGGCAGCCGACUGUGCAUCGGCACAGUCAGAAGAGGCCGUGGCGAGUGGACCAGGACAAUACGAUGGCUCAUACAGCAGAGACCAAGACUGAGAGGCCCCGUGCAGACCACGCACCACACCAGAGCCCAGCAAAGCCUCGCAGACAGCCCCAGCUCCAGGCCUUUCACAGGCAUACUGGGUCCCUUUGGAGCCCGCCCCUCCCAGCACCAGGGAGCAGACAGCUCAUGCUUCACUCGGUGUCAUGGGACAGGUCAGGGGCUCGUUCUGCUUUACGUGUUUAGCACGGGUGAGAGGACAUGGGUCAGAGUCAGAGCUGAAGCCGGUUGAGUCAGGCAGGCGGAGGCAGCAGUCGAGGAAUCAGCUGGAGGACUAGCUCAGAGCCUAAGUGCACUUUCCUUGUAUCACGCGCUUUCUUCAUGCUGGAGAGCACACCAGCUGGUUACUAACCCUACUGACAACAGUCAGAAGCUGUCCUCGACUCCCACUCAGUCAGUGAUAAAAUUCCGAGGUUCAGUCUAAUAUUUGGACUCUAAGAGAAAGCAUUUGGGGUUUGGUUGGAGAUUAAUUGGAAGUUUGGGCAACAAGCAAGUCAGAUCGGUCCAUUAACCAAACAGAAUGCACGAAGGGCGCAGAGGCUCCCUUGUGUGUCCACACAAAAUAGAUGACAAAAUAGACAAAAUGGAUGAGAUCAGGACUCUUAGAUGCUGGGCUGAGAGCUCUCUCGACCGGCCAGCCGAGAGGAAGAGGAGAAUGGCCAGGACGUGAUUUCUGAAAUCAGGGCAGCAUUCCUUUAAGGGAAAACCAAUCAAAAAUGCAAUGUUCCUUGUACAACACACGUGUGUGAAUCCUUUAAAUUCCCCCCUUGCCUUCCAUGGUUUGUGUUCCGAUUACUCGGUCUUCCCACUUGUGGUUCCCAUUUCCAAACUCUCACUGUGUCGGCAUCUGCUAUCUGCGGUCUUCCGCUGCGUCUCGGGCAGAAGCAAGUUAGCGCUUGGCAGCCACCACCCGGGGAAGGAGAACGGGAAGUCCUGGCGCCCGCCCCGAGCCCAGGGAGCAAAGGGUGGAGGGUCGGCUCCGUCAAAGUAAGAAUUACUGAGAUCUGAGGCUGAGCAGUGAUCUCAGAACCUGGAACGCCAAGAGUGAGAGGAUAAAAUUAACCAUUUUUACAGAGGGAAUCACAAAACCUUCCAUCGGAGGGAAAAGAUACCUCCCGUGAUUUGCUGUCCAGCCAUGCCAAACCGUAUCUUCCAUUUAUAAAGAGAAGGGGAGGGGGCGCUCCUGGGUGGCUCAGUCAGUUAAGUGUCUGCCUUCGGCUCAGGUCAUGAUCCUGGAGUCCUGGGAUCGAGUCCCAUGUUGGGCUCCCUGCUCAGCAGACAGCCUGCUUCUCCCUCCCCUCUGUCCCUCCCCCUGCCUGUGCUCUCUCUCUCAAAUUGAUACUUAAAAAAGAAUAAAACUAAGUUUAAAAGAGAGAGAAGCGGGAGAGAGAGAAAGAGAGAGAGAGCACUCCUGUUAGUAAAAUUAACUGUAGGAGGAAAAUACGGGGCCACAGAAAGUCGUUAAGGCUCCAAGCCACCGAAGAACCGUCUUACCGCAACACUUCCAGUGGCGCUCAACGCUUUCCAGCCUCCGGCCCAGUAGGAUCGAAGUGAUGUCAGAAGGUCACACAGCGCACAUGCCGCCGCCAGACCGUGAUCUGACCCUCAUGACCCACCAGCAAUACACAGGGCUCUACAGUUUCAGCCGAAUGAAAAGAAUGUAGUUUACAAGCUUCUAAACUAUAAAUUUAGCUAUUCAAGAGGAAAAGCUUUGAGGCUGGUUUAAGGAUUUAGAACAAACUGCCGUUCGAGGACUGCAAAUCCAGGCAUAGGGCACACCGCCAAUAUGCUCCCCCAAGACAUGUGUCACGCUGGCCCGGAAGCCGGAGGUGUGUCGAAGGGAGGAGCCCCUGCAGCCACCGGACACCAGCACCAUUCGUGGACCUCUCGAGGGCCCUUCAAAUACGACUGCAUUUUGCAAACUCAUUGUUUUAUAGUAUUUGGUGCUUCUGGUCAUCACUAUGUUCUCCCACUACACACGCGCGUGCACGCGCACGUGCACACGUGCACACACACACACACACUGCAGCCUACCACCACAGACACCCACGGAGAAGUGUAGAGAUAGAGGAGGGUGUACUUGGACCCACCAAAGCUUCAGGUAAUUCUUCAGCCCAGACCCAAUUAGAGCCACACUGCAUCUAGUGGACACUUGUUUUUUUGAAAAGCUGUCCUAUAGCUCAGCUGUCACAAAAUAUCACAGAAAGAAAUGUUAAAGCCCCAAUCCUUUGCCUAGGUACAUUAAGCUACUACAGGCGGCAUGGCCUCCAGAAAAUCCUAUUGACUGAAUUUUCUUCACUGUGAUGGGAAUAAAAGACUAUAUGUGUAGCAAAAAAAAAUAUUUUCACAUGUAUGUAGGACUCAAAAUAUUCUUACGGCAUAGAACAUUCCAAGCCAUUUCCUUAUAUGCAAAACAGAUUUUUUAAAAAGCAGGAAGACAUUGACAAUAUUCCUAAAUAUUGUCUGCAAAUACUAAUGGGGUUUUAUUUUCUGUGUUGUGAUUCAGGUUUUCAUUUGUCACUAUAGCAUGUUUGUAUAGUUGUACGAUAAGACAUGUGUGUUUGGCCUUUUUCUUGUAAGAUAAAUAAAUCCUGAAUUUUGUGCAUUUUAAAUCUUAAAAGCAAAAUGUUCUUCCAAGAAUAAGACGCUGUCUUUGAAAACAAGUAUUUGACCAGCACUCAAAGCAGUGAAACGGAUGUUAAAAGCUGUCACCUGUUCAGAUUACAAAUCAGGCACCAAGUGUUCCAAACACAAGGAAAAAAAAUCGUAACUCCACUCCAGGAGAAGCCAGAAACAAAGAGUCCCUAUAACCCAACGGUUGUCAAGAAAUGCUGCUGCAGAGCCCAGAAGUCCCACCAGAGAAGCUGCGAAAGCGCUGCAGGGAGAGGAGGUGGACGGAGCAGGUGGGUGUCCAAAGCACCCACCCCAAGUCCAGUUCAACCGAGCUAGCUUGGCUUUUAUUCAUUUUAUAAAUCAGGCUUCUGCGAAUGAUUCUGUUUGAAGAGAAGGUGCCCCUGAAAAAGAAUUUUUACAAAAUCGCCCGCCACAAUCUGAUGGCACUGAAUGGGUUCUCUAAUCACUCUGAAACCUCCAAGUAAUGUUGUGAAGCUGUUCUGAGUAUUUAUUCUCUUUCUGUAAUAAAAAUUAAGACUGCUGUGUGA